AUGAUUGCCUUGAAUCAUAAAGAUACUGGGCAAAAGAACUCUGAGGCACCCAUAAAGUGCCUCCGGAGCAAGGUUUUCCCUUGCGAUCUGCAUUACAAUGGCACCUCCGGUGAAGGAUUUUCGAAGCUCGGAGAUAGCCUCCUUGCUCAUCCACAUGGGAAUGCAACUGAAUUAAAUCUCUCAUUAAGUAGAGAUUCUCUUGAAUUUCAGAAAGAAUCUCAAAAGUGGCCAAUAUACCAUCACAACUUAGGUUCAUGGGCUGCUUUCUAUCCUGUUUCAAGUAACAUGCCGCCACGUCAGCUGAAUGCCUCUGAGGAUCAAUUUCACCGUUUUUCAGUAAAUCACAGAUUCCAGUAUACUCCAUCAAAUGCGUUUCCUCAAAAUUAUCCAUAUGAUUACCAGAUUCAAGAUUUUCAAUAUUUUAUCGUCAUUGAUUUUGAGGCAACAUGCGACAGAGAAAAAAUUCCCCAUCCUCAAGAGAUAAUUGAGUUUCCAUCUGUAAUAGUGAACAGCCUUACUGGACAGUUGGAAGCUUGUUUUCAAUCAUAUGUGCGGCCCACAUGCAACCAGCUCCUCAGUGAAUUCUGCAAGGAUUUGACAGGCAUCCAGCAAAUUCAGGUGGAUCGGGGAGUUACUCUCAGUGAAGCUCUUCUUAGUCAUGAUGAGUGGCUUGAAAAGAAGGGAAUAAAAAACACCAACUUUGCUGUGGUUACAUGGUCCAACUGGGAUUGUCAGGUGAUGUUAGAAUCAGAAUGCCAGUACAAAAACCUUAAAAAGCCUCCCUAUUUCAAUCGGUGGAUCAAUUUGAAGGUUCCUUUCCAUGAGGUUUUUGGUGGAGUGAGGUGCAAUCUAAAAAAGGCAGUUGAGAUGGCUGGCUUAGCCUGGCAAGGCCGUGCUCACUGUGGUCUGGAUGAUGCAAAAAACACAGCCAUGCUACUUACUUUGCUUAUGCGCAAGGGCAUUAAAUUCUCAAUUACCAACUCAAUCAUGAGUCAGUCUACUGAUGAUUCCUUUACAAGGAAGCUACCCCCACAGAAUCUUCCAUUUGUUUCACCUCAACCUCAUAAAUCGAGGGAUCUGCAAUUUCAAGCAGCACAGUAUCACCCUUAUUGCCAUUGUGGAGUGAAAAGCAGCAAAGCGAUGGUUCGAAAACCGGGUCCUAAGCAAGGGAACCUAUUCUUUGGAUGUGGAAACUGGACUGCUGCUAGAGGUGCUCUUUGCCAUUACUUUGAAUGGAUCUCUCCCUCCUGA